AUGGCCAGCACAACUACGUACCCCUCAGGGUUGCCUAAGAAAGAGCUUAACAGUAGCGAUGAUGAUGCUACGGAGCCAGUGAGCGGGCAUCGUGGCAUUUUACAGGGAGCAAACGCAGCACGGGGCAGCGCCAGCAAGGAGAAGAUCUCCGAUGUACCAGACUACUCAGAUUCAGAACGACAAAAGACUGAAGCAGGUGAAGCCUUUUUCCGCCGACUGGGCUGGAAACGACUUACGGUCGUAUUAAUCGUCAAUGCCAUCGCCUUGGGAAGUUUGAGUCUCCCAGCUGCGUUUGCAACGCUCGGCAUGGUGGCUGGUGUGGUUGCAUGUGUUGGAAUGGGCCUCCUGGCCAUCUACACAAGCCACAUUAUCGGCUUAGUCAAAUUGAAGUUUCCAACCGUGGAUCACUAUGGUGCUGCAAUGGGACUCUUGUUCGGUCGAUAUGGCAGAUUUGGAUUCGAACUUGGCAGUGCGAUGUUUGUUGUAGAACUAAUUCUACUUGUUGGGUCGCAUUGCUUGACCGGUACUAUCGCAUUCUCGCAUAUCACUGAGAGUGGUGUCUGUUCCGUGGCGUUUGGUGUGGUAUCUGCUAUCAUCCUGUUACUACUUGCCAUUCCACCAUCCUUCACUGAGCAGGCCAUACUCGGCUAUAUCGACUUCGCCUCGAUUUUGGGUGCUAUUGGCAUCACCAUGGUUGCGACUGGCAUUCGGUCCCACCAGGAGAUGAUCAACGAGAGCACCUGGUCCGCCUGGCCGAAACCCGGGACAACAUUCAUCGAGGGCUUCGUAGCCAUCACGAAUAUCGUUUUCGCAUAUAGCUUUGCUAUGUGCCAAUUUACUUUCAUGGACGAACUUAAGAAGCCAGCGGACUACGUCAAGUCUAUCUGGGCACUUGGCAUCAUCGAAAUCAUCAUUUAUACAUUGACAGGUGCGAUUGUCUAUGCCUUCGUUGGUGUUGAUGUUCAGUCACCUGCACUACUCUCUGCUGGCGAUAUGACCUCGAGGGUUGCCUUUGGAGUUGCUCUCCCGGUGAUCUUCAUUUCGGGAUCCAUCAACAUAACAGUGGCUGGGCGUUAUAUUCAUGGGCGUAUUUUCCGACACUCGAUUACAAGAUUCGUCAACACACCGAAAGGAUGGAUAACUUGGUUAGCCAUCAUUACCAUCAUUACGAUCCUAGCAUUCAUAACCGCUGAGGCUAUCCCCAUCUUCAGUGACCUCUUAUCGUUAUGCUCAUCACUCUUUGUGUCAGGCUUUUCCUUCUACCUGCCUGCACUGAUGUGGUAUAAGAUGAUCAAGCAGGGGCGGUGGUAUGACAGGAAAAAUCUUGUCCAUUCGCUGCUGUGCGCCCUAGCUUUUGUGGUUGGCCUCGUCGUGUUAGGUUGUGGAACAUAUGCCAGUAUUGUGGACAUCAGAGACAACUUCAGAAACGGCACAGUAAAGCAGGUCUUCGCGUGCUAA